UUACAGUCUAUCGUAAUCUUUCACGCGAGAUACAUUCUAAAAGUUAUUGUUCAUUUGUAAAUAAUCCCCUGAUCACGGUAAUCUGACCCUAAAUUUAAAUAUUCCCAGUGGGCGGUGCAUCAUUUCUGGAUUUUCCUCGGCAUUUAUGUUCACUCACCCAUCGCUCGAGUAUAUAAGAGCUAUUGUGCAUUAAUUAUUUAUUUACUUCAGUCAUGUUCAACGAAAUGCGGAGACCACACUGUCUCGUUCUGUUGUUCAUCGUCGCCUGCUUGUUCGAGUGCGCAAAAUGCGAUGAAGAACAUCACAGGGGAAAAAUCGUCGGUGGAUAUCCAGCCAGAGAGGGAGAAUUCCCUUAUCAAGUUUCAUUGAGAGUCAAGGGGAGACAUUUCUGUGGUGGAUCGAUUAUAAAUAAACGAUGGAUCCUCACAGCCGCUCAUUGUUUACGCGGGUUCAACGACUCGGCAAUUACUGUAGUCGUGGGGACGACGACUCUGGACGAGGGUGGAGAUGCCUAUCAGUCGUCAGAGAUUCAUGGACACCAGGGGUACAGCUCAUUAUUCGUGAAGAAUGAUAUUGGACUCAUUCAUGUUGAUCAGGACAUAGAAUUCUCGGAUUACGUUCAACCCGUUUCACUUCCCACCGAGUAUUUCGAUAAGAGUGAUUACCCUGCUGUCCUGUCGGGAUGGGGUACAACGAGUUACCCGGGGAAGACGCCUAAUGAUCUUCAACGUAUUACAUUGACAGUAAUUGAUCAGCGCGAGUGCAGGAAUUUUUCUCUCAUGCGAAUUACGAAGAAAAAUCUCUGUACACUCAAUGGAAAAGGGGAGGGUGCGUGUCACGGCGAUUCAGGGGGUCCUCUCGUCGCCGAUGGAGUGCAGAUCGGCGUCGUCUCCUGGGGGACUCCAUGUGCCAAGGGAAAACCUGAUGUAUUCACCAGAGUCUCCAGCUACAUCGAUUGGAUAAACGAAACAAUCGGCGAGCACGACGACGUGGACUUCGAAGAAGAUGAAUAAAAAAAAAAAUCUUCCCCACACUAAUCUCUAUAAUUUCAAUAAAAAAUAAUAGAGAAAAAUCCUCAAUUAAUUAUUAUAAAUAAUGAAUCCGAGGAUAAUCAUUCCAAUCCACAGCAUUAAGACAGAUUAAUAUAAAUUAAUUCCAGGGAAUUUUCUCCAAUUGUUAUAAUUUUUAUUAUCUAUCAUUUUUAAUUAGUUCUUUGGGGGUGACGAGGGGGUAGUUGAGUUUAAACAAUAAUCCCGGGAUUUUAAAAACAAAGCGGUGCCCUGACCUAUCCCAUCCCCUUUGAAUCCCACCCUCCGAGGGAUUCACCCCUGGGGUAUGUCCGCGCAACCCUCAGUUCUCCAAUGGCCGCGAUUCACCCCAUAUCGGAGGGAUGAUGACUCCCUCAAAAAUAAACUCAAAAUCCCACUGGAAUCCCUGAAUUAAGUAUCACUAGACUCUCCACACCCCCGACUCCCGGAAAUAAAUAAUCACCACCACCCCACAGACCGAAAAAGUGAAUCAUUAAUAACAAUUUACGUUUCAAUUAACAGGAGUCCUUGCAAGUGUUUACGCACCGAGAGUUGACCCAUUUUUACUGCGCAUGACGAAUUAAUUAAUAAAAAUAUAAAAAACAUCGGGACAAAUAAAAAAAAUAGAAUAGUUGCCGAUGAAAAUAAA